AUGAUCCCGGAUGUCAACGUGCUUGCGAUUGAUUUGGCCGGUUUGUUCCGGUCGGGGUACGACGAGCGUAUCAGUAAAGUGAAAUACAUGCUGCAAGCAGUUUUUGUCCUCCCAGACCUCAAGGCCCUGAAAACCAGAGAUCAAAGCCAGGACCCAAAAGGCCAUGAAAACCCAGAAGCUGGAGGCCUCCAGAAACCAGGAGCUACGGUUGCAUCAGGUGCUGACGCUAUCCUGAGUUCACCUUCCUAUGCUCCCACUAGCGAUGAGGAACUUGAGGUCCCCUCGCGGGCGCGUAAGGUGCGGCUGAGCCCGGUUGGCGUUGAUGAGGAUCUGGGUUCUUUGCCAGAGCGGCUCGAUAGUGAGGAAGGGGUGCAAGAUCUCAUUGGGGACCAGGAUAAGGAUGACAUUUUUGGCGUCAGCGAUGACGAGAGGGAGGAAAAACCUGAAUCCAAAGGACUUGUGGCCAUUGGCGUGGCGCUGGGCGAGUUGCUCUGCCACUACAAGGGAUGGGAUGCAGGGUACCUGGGGACUCUUUCGGCAUGGAGGGCAGGAAACGUUGGCCCGCACCGCGACGUCAAUAACAUCCCCAACUCCAACGUUCUGUAUCCAAUUUGCCUUCCCAAACCAGGGAUGUACGUUUGGUCGCAGCUACAAAUGGGUGAUCAGUUGUCAGGACCUGUAGAAGUUCGGGCGGUGCCCGGCGGCGAGUUGCAAGCUGGACAGGUGCGUUGGUUGCGGGAGCGUGAGCCGCUUCAGCUCAAUGCGAAAUCCUGGCAUUCGGCCCAGGACGAUGCUGAUGAUGCUCAUCAGGGGGGAGAGGGUGGUAUGCUGGAGGAGGGCUGCAUGGAGUGCAUGCCAUUUUUUGCUGCGAGCCCCGAAGGGGAGUACGUAGCAGCCGAUGUGCUAAAGCCCGGAGAGCGACUUUGUGCCUUGGAUGGGGGGAGACUCGUUGAAGCUCCUACUUGGGUCGUCGAUGGCUCAGCCGAAACAGCUCAAGCCGUGCAAGGGCAUGACGAUAGCGCUGGUCCGGAUUGGUUUGAUCGAGUUUUUGGAGUUGGCGAGUUGGGAUGCUUGCUUCGCCCGUUGUCUUGUGUUGAUACGUGUGAUGUUGAAAGUAGGAUGAUCGCCUCGGAGCUGCCGUUGAGAGCCCCGUCUGAUGAUUGCUUGGAUAGCGGUCAUGUGUUGGUUGAUGCGGACUUGUGCCAGCGAGGUUUGAAGGCGCUGCUCAGCCGUGAAGCAAGGCAGCUUAAGGGAGAACUAAGUGGAGGAGAGAAUUCCACAGAUGCUGCUGAGACGGCCCAGCUAAUGACCAGUGGCACUGAGGUGAUGCAACAGAUUGAGCAAGAGUUGUCUUGGCUGCGUGCUUGUAAACUUGAAGGCCAAAUGAUCCCCAGCACGAGCGAUGCUGAUGAGAAUGCUUGUGAGCUCCCUCAAUUCCUACAAACCAGAACGUUCACGAAUGAGGAGGUGAUGGCCGAGUGGGAUGAAAAUUGGGAAAGGGCUACACAAGCCGAGUUAACGUCGUUGCUAGAGACCAAGAAGGCUUUGAUUCGGGUGGACGAUGACACGAUUGCUGCGUGGGUUGCGUCGGGAGCGGAAGUCACUCAAGUGCCGUCAAAAACUGUUUUCACGCGAAAGGCCGUGAGCGGCCGUUACAAAUGUCGUAUUGUGGUGUGCGGCAAUGCGCUGCCAAAUGUGGGCGAGAGCAGUUUGGAGCGGCGGAUGGCUACUUACGCGGGAGGAGUGGACGUGAGUCUUCUCCGGGUUCUGCUUGCUGAAGCUGUUUUCCACAAGCAUGACAUUGCGACGUGGGAUGUGUCAACAGCCUUCUUGAAUGCCCCGGCACGGCCCCGUGAUCUUCGAGCUGCAGCAAGAGGUAAGACCCAGAUUGUGAUCGCUGUCCCGCCGCGAUCGUUGGUUCGAAAGGGCCUUGUGCCAGCUCGCGAAAAGUGGAAGGUUGAGUUGGCGGUGUAUGGGCUAGAUACUAGCCCUCGCGAUUGGUCGUUGCAUCGCAAUGAUACCUUGAGGGUCAUGGUUGUUCUGGUUGAGGCGGGCGCUUUGCGUUUCAAGGCCUGUGUGUCUGACUCCAGCGUUUGGUUGAUCUUCCUGGUGGAUUCGGCUGAGGACGCUGUUGAAGCCGGAGUGUUGGUUGGUUGGCUGGCCGUUUAUGUAGAUGAUUUUUUGGCAGCUACUCGAAAAUCGUAUUUGAAAGCGAUCUACGGAUGUAUCAAGCAGACUUGGGAUUGCGGCGCUGUUGAGUUUGUAGGUCGGAUUGGAGAAAGUGAGCCGCUUCGUUUUGACGGUUUGGAGUUGCAUUGGGAUGAGAAGGGUGAGGAGUUGUGUGUACAUCAAACGUCGUAUGUCCGCGGUAUGUUGGAUCGUCACUCUGACGUGGUACCGCAACAGGUGCCGUUGGCCCGACAUUUGCCCCAGGAGGGCGAGGUGGAGCCUGACAGCGAUGCGUUGAAAGAAUGCCAGCAACUGGUGGGCGAACUAUUGUGGAUUGCUGUGCGUACCCGCCCUGACGUGGCGUAUUCCUGCUCAAGGAUAGCGUCUGUUAUGUCAAGGAGGCCGCGUGAAGCGUGCAAGGCGGCGCUUGGAGUCCUGGGUUACCUCGCCACGACGUCAUCCUUGGGAUUGAGAUUCUCGAUGACCCUCCCUGAGAAGAGGGCUGAGAUUCAGAAGGCUUUGCAAGACGGCGGCCUUUUAGAGGUUCACACUGACGCGGGGUUCGCCCCGGAGGGGUCGAGGUCUCAAGAAUGCGUUAUUAUUUAUUGGCGUGGUUGUUGCGUGUCCUGGGUGUCGAGUCGUCAGCCGUUUAUUGCCCAAUCGACAUGUGAAGCGGAGUUAAUCUCCACCAUUCAGGGACACAACAUGGGCGACGCCGUAGCUUGUCUUCUUGAUGAGAUUUAUCCCGCAGGCAGCUACCGAAAAGUGCUGUUGAACGACAACUCAGCAGCUAUUGGCGUCCUGGCGGCUGACACGAAUUCAUGGCGGACGAGACAUUUAAAAAUUAGAGCAGGAGCUUUGAGGGAAAAGGUCGCCUUAUUCCAAUGGGAGGUGAUGCACCUAGAAGGUGCUUCUAAUACUGCGGAUAUUGGAACCAAACCUCUCCAAGCUCCGCGACUGGACUUGCUUCGGGGUUUGCUUGGGAUGGGCUCCGCUAAGGGCUCGGUUUUGCCUUCCAAGGUUCAAAGGUUGGCUAAGAUCUUGGGCUCCAUGGUGAUUUCGCUCUGUGUGAAUCCUUCUGAGGGCAGCCGUGAGGUUGUCGAGGUGACUGAGCCUAACGACUCAGACAAUUGGACGCUUUACUUGCUUUUGAUCUUGUGGACAAUUUCAGUGAUUGCUGUGUGGGAGGUAGUUAGGAGGGUUGCGGAUCAUGCUUGGGUCUACUUUACUGCAAGGCCCGCGCGAGAGCCUGAGUCGGAUCCAGAAUCGGAGCCUCCAGAGUUUGAGCCUCUUGAGGAGGACAAUCUCCCUUUUGAGGCCCAUCGCCGACCAGAGAUGACGAGGGUGGACGCUGACGAUGAGCAGUUGCUGCCACCUCCUAUGCCCCCACACCGACCCCCCAUGCCCGUUAGGUUUCCAGAGCCGGAGCCUGAACAUGAUGCUUAUGCAGCUGCUCGGGAUCGGGAGUGGGCGAUGUUGCUAGAUGCUCAAGCAGCGCAGCUGAAUGCCCAUGAUGCUGCUGUACCGCAGGGCGAACCUCUAGAGUUUAGGUACGUUGAUGAUGUUGCUUACCUCGACCCUGUAGUAUUGUAUUUCCGGAUCCUCCACUCCGCCUUCGCCACGGUUGGCCGGUGCCUGUACAGAUGUCCCUGGUCGAGAUCGAGAGGGUGA